AUGGACGCCGAGGCGCUGCGAUUGCUAGGUGAUCCUCAAAUCACGAAAGUGCCCGUUGGGCAAUCGGAGCACGAGUUCAGCAUACAUACUCGCCUGCUGUGCCAUUACUCCGCAUACUUCCGCCUCCAGUACGCCAGUGAAACACAAGAAGCCCAAAAGAACACUUUCUAUCUGCCUGCUCUCGCCACGGGAGCGUUCAGCACAUUGCAGGCAUGGCUCUACCAAUGUGCCGUCAACUACAAUACUGAUCGUGAGCCUGAAUUCGAACUUCAUCACGUAGCGAUACCAAAUGAUCGUGAGCGUCGAGCGACUGUCACCUGGAGUGCGCUGAUUGAUCUGUACAUUGUGGCUCACCACUUGGACGCACUAAAACUGCGUAACAAAAUCCUCACUCGAUUGCAAGCUGAGUACGACGGGCAGACGGAGAUAGACGAUGACGCAUCGCUGCCAACCGCUGCGAACGUCUGCACGGCAUGGACUGGAUCUCAGGGCAACUCACACCUUUGCAGAUGGCUGACCACGGCCUUCGCUUUUCGUUGGAGAUGUUGGGAAGUUGAGGCCGAGGAAAUGUCAAAGUUUCCCGGAGACUUUCGAACGUCGGUAAUGAAGAUGAAUAGCCAACGCAUUCAUGAGAAGCGCUGGGAUGAGGAGCCGAACUUCGCCAACAAUCUUAGUCUUUACCAUGACCAUCAUUCUCGCGAAGAGCGUGAGCAAUGCCAGCGAGUAAGAGGGGAAAAGACACAUGACGAUCGCGUUGAGCCCGGGUAUGCUCAGCCACCUGCGCCGGACAGUCAGCAUCGUGCGGAUGUUGUGACAUCUAGCGAUGAGACCAAAGACGCAGAUGAUGACCCAGAAGAUAUUCUUGAGCCAGGGAUCGUCAAGAUCGAAGCCGAGACGGGACAUGCCAUCGAAGACGAAGAAGGCGACACACGCCUGGGCUUCUACCAUCCUGAAGACGGCGACGAGGAUGAGAGCGAUAAUGACAAAGAGGCCAUUUCCGAUCAUGUGGCAGAAGGCCUCUCUUCCACUGAUCGUACCCGGCAUGAUCCUCGUCGACCAGAUGGUCAAGCCAAUCUGAUAGGACGUCCCGCUAUUCGCGCGCCAACACUGGAUCCGCAUGAGCUCGAAGCUCUUAUAGCCGAGCCUGACGAAGCAGUAGUGGACGUAGCAGAUUGGAACACACCUGUUGGCGAGACAGAGGCAGAUUGGAACAAACCUGUUGGCGAGACAGAGGCAGAUGGUAGCAUAUCACCUCAGCACGCACAAAAUGAAGGCAUCAGCGAGUUCGUUGGAUCUGACUACGGCACGGGUUGGAACGAGCAAGCGUUUGAAAUUGACUUGGACAUCAGCUCGGAGGGCGGUGAUCGCAUGAGCCCUGAAGACCAGCCUAGCGAUGAAGGUGAUGCGAUCCAUGAUGAUGGCCCAAUCACGAGGGAUGAGGCGGAGGGCCGACACUUGGACCAUGACAUUACCAUCGACGGGGAUACAGAUGACGAGCGAGAUCCCACAACGACAACCGGCCCACGUCCCCGCGGCCGCCCGAGUGGCACGUAUAACAUGAAACUGCGUCGCCCAAGACAGGACGGCGAAUGGUGGUCGCAACCCAAAGCAGCAUGGCGAGCAUUCAUGAUCGAGCAGGAUGAUGUCAAGGUCAGGAAGAACAGGGGAAACUUGGUUCGGUGGACGCAUGCUGGAAACAUCAUGGAAAACCCAGCGCUUCAGAGCAGCAAAGUCGUCGCAAUGGCCAAAUCCAAGAACUCGUCGCAGCACAACCAGUCGAAGAAGGCCCACAGGAACGGUAUCAAGAAGCCAAAGACCCACAGAUACCCUUCGCUCAAGGGAACCGACCCUAAGUUCAGGCGAAACCACAGACAUGCUCUGCACGGCACCAUGAAGGCUUUGAAGGAGGUCAAGGAGGGCAAGCGCGAUUCCGCAUAA